GCAAAAUCCAACAAGCCUCCUCCAUCAGAAAGCCAAAGGAAAAAUGCGAGUCUUUUCUAUGUCGCCCACUUGCCUUGACCAGAGCUGUUCCAUAAAAUUCUUGGCAACACAAACUAAGAAGAGAAAUGUGUAUGAAGGAGACAACCUAUUUGGCGAAAAGAAGAAUAAAUACUCAUAUGAGGUGAAGUUGCUGAAGAAUUUGGCUCCACCUCUAAUGACUGCCCUUAUAGCUCUCUCUCCCAUUGUCAAUCCCCCAGACUCAGUUGGACAAACAAUAGAAGUACAAAGGGGAGCUGCUUUGUUUAGUAAAGCUUGCAUUGGAUGUCAUUAUGCAGGUGGAAAUAUAAUCCAGCCUGGUGCGACACUCUUCUUGAAGGAUCUAGAAAGAAAUGGAGCUGACACGGAAGAGGAGAUCUAUCGCAUCACUUACUAUGGCAAAGGGAGAAUGCCAGGGUUUGGUCAGAAUUGUACACCGAGGGGUCAAUGCACCUUUGGUCCUCGAUUGCAAGAUGAUGAAAUUAAACUUUUAGCUGAGUUUGUGAAGUCUCAAGCCGAUCAAGGUUGGCCUAAAAUAGAAAAUAGUGGAGAUUGAAAAUAAUUCCUACAUCGUUAAGUCUAGUUCAAGAAAUAGAAGAAAUUAGCUCAAUUGUAUAGGUCUGUGUAAACUUCACCCUCCCCAGACCCCCCACUAGUGGGAUCACACAAGGUAGAAGUACAUCAUACACCUCACCAUCCCCAUACCUCACUAGUGGGAUCAUAUUGGGUAUGUUGUUGUUGUACAAAAUGUGUAUUUCAUGCUUCUCAUUCCUUUGUCUUUUCAUCUCCCCUUCCCAUUCGACGUUCCUGCUCACACAUCCCUACCACUAAAGGGGAUGCAGAUAGAAAUAGUCAGUCAUCUCAAGCAGAUCAAUCCCAAAGUUUCUGUUGGAGUCUAAACCAUGCAUGUUUAUUUUCCUUUUUUGAGGUACCUGUUGAUGGCAUGAAGGGUAGUCUCAUUUGCCUGUGUAAAGUUGACUAUGUUUCUUUCCA